AUGCGCGACACACCAUCCAGGUUCAUCGAGAUCCUCGAUCCCAAGGAUUCACCCCGACGCAUGUCCGACUCAGACGUCCGCCUCGAGGAUGUCCUCGCCGACCACGAAGCAACCAUCAACAGCCGAGCUCGCUCUUCUACACAAUCAUCUACAAAACCAGACAAACCCCUGUCUCGCACGAUCUCGACAUCCCCGACGCCACGUUGGAAACGUCUGAGCAAUAUCCUGGCGCAACGGAACUCUUAA